GUUGGCUUGCUUUGCUGAUUGCGACCGAUAGAUAAUUGCUUCCAUUGCCGCGAGCUCGGGUCGCAACAAGACGAGCAGAACGCCCAUGGUCCACAUCGGGCCGGUGAGCCGGAAAAAAAUGGAAAUGUUGAAUGCAGAGUCUGAGGUAGUGCAUGCUUGAUAUGAUAUUGAUAGUACAAGCGCAACAGCAAUAAAAGCCUUUGAAGUAAAAGCCUUUGAACAAUAUGUCUUGUUUUUUUUUCGACCAAUGCGAGCGCAAGUGCAUCGUGGACAGCGGGGAAGUGGAGAUCGUUCACCCGCGGCCAGCCGCUUCCAAAUGGAGCGGCUCGACCUUCUUCCACUUUGACGAGGACUUUUUGGGUGCGAGUAAAUCGAGGACGGUAAUGCGGCCGCCCGCCAGGGGUAGCCCGUCCACCUCCGCCGGACGGGGGCUGUUUGAGGUUCGACGCAGCAUAGGCGAAACAGCACAUCGGUCGUCAUCCAAAGUCAGCACGUCCACGACAUCGUCUGCUGCUACCAGCAGCACUGCUGUGUCGUCCGUGCUUUUCCCCUUUUCAUCGUCAUCAACAUCGAAAAGCACAGCCGGCGGGGAAGCGGCCGGCGCUCCUGCUUAUGUUGACGGCGAGUAUGGGACAAGUGAACUGAGCGACUCCCACAUCUUGAGCCGAUUGGUAGGGCGGGAUGCUUUCAGAAAGAGGUCGGCUGCAGAGCAAAGACGUGCGAUUGACCAACAAGGCCGGGACACGUACUGCUCGGAGGGUCGUCGGACCGGCGGAAAUUUUGUGCAGCGCCUGUUCUCGUGCGAGAUGGACCAUCGUACGGGAGGACGGUCGUCCAGAAACGAAAUCUUUCCACGCAGCCUCGAAAUCACACUCUCCCGCCUGCCGCCACAACAAGAACUGGGACUACUGGAUGGGUAAAAGAGUCAGGACGUCCCAGUCUCCCGCUGCAAGUCUGGCUUUGAUAAUUUGGCGCCCUAUUGAUCUUGAUAAAUGAAGCAGAUGAGUUCCUACCAUCCAUUUUUUUCGGAUUGAAGACAAGAGUUCAGGCAGUAGAAU